AUGAGAUUGCAACAUCUGGCUAAUUCGAGUACAUUGCUCGUACGAGAGGACAAGAAGAGAGGGACGUGCGCGAGCUGGCGUUCGCUGGACUCGGGUCACGAUUUCGCUGUUGUAUUUCAUUCUGGAUUGUUCGCGACUGGUUCUAGGUUUCUCCUGCUGGUGUUCGCGAGGAAGAAGAAAAACGCGUGGGUUCUGGGUCGUUUUUGUACGCGUACACUGGGUCUUGUUGUUGUUAUUAUGGGCUGGUUAUGCAUUCUACUAAUGUAUCUGAAAAAAUGGAGCUACAAAUUAUUAUGUUUAUCGGAUGACUGUUGUUGGAGAUUGAGUGCAUCUGUUAGGAAGAAAUCGAAUUUAGUCAAAGUGAGGUAUUUCAAUAGUGAGCAUACAUGUCUGAUAAGGGAUAGGCUAUUAACGAAAGUUCAAGCUACAGUUGGGUUUAUAAGUGCAGUGACAACUCCUAAACUGCACAAUCAUAAAAGAAUUCAUACACUAAAUGAUAUUAUUGAAGAUAUUAAAGCACUAUAUGAGAUUGAUAUUGCAUACCAGCAAGUAUGGCGUGCUAAGGAGCGUUCAUUAGAGAUGAUAAAGGGUAAAUCUGCAAAUAGAUAUAGACCGUUGCCUAAAUAUCUAUAUAUGUUGGAUACUGUGUAUCCAAAUUCUUAUAUACGGAUACAUAAGUCGGAGGAAAAUAAGUUCAUGUAUCUGUUCAUAUCAUUAAGGCCACUAAUGAGGGGGUUUGACUACUGUAGACCAGUAGUUGUUGUUGACGGUGCACAUCUUGGUGAAGUUUACAAAAGAACUUUUGUAUCAGCAAGUACGCUUGAUGGUGCAGGUAUGAUUUCUUUUAAAAGUGAAUUUGGGGAGAGGGAACAAAUGUGUGUUGUAUCAGAUAGAAAUGAAAGCAUAAUUAAUAGUGUCAGAACUGUUUUUCCAAAUGUUUCUCAUUUUGCAUGCAUAUGGCACCUUUGGAAAAAUGUUUGUUCAAGCUUUAAGAGAAGCAAAAGCAUACUAAGUGAUGUGUUCUAUUCAAUGGCCAAGGCUUAUAGAAAAGAGGAUUUUGACAAAUUGAUAGCUAAAGUCGUUAAAAUUGACAAUCGGGUUAAGAUGUAUCUUGAGGAUGUUGGUUAUGAAAAGUGGUCAAGAGUUCAUGCAACAGUAAACAGGGGGAGAAUGAUGACUUCUAACAUAACGGAAUGUAUCAAUGGUUGCCUUGUUGAGCAAAAAUUAUCAGAGCAUGAAAAGAGUGUCAAAGUAUCAGCUCCAACCAGAAGUAAUGAAAAUGAAUGA